CUUGAUUUGCACUACAUAUUUUUUAGUCAAAGGUUUUGAAUUUUUUUUUGACAUUUAUGACUGAGCUAAGAAGUUGUAGGUCAAGUGUGUAAUGAAACCUCCUCACCGGAGGGGGCAGUAAUGGUCAAAUGUACCAGCUGUGUUGUUUGCCGGAAAUGGAAAGUAGGUCAAGGGAAAAAGAAGGUAGCAAAACGGUGUCAUGAAGUCCUUGUUAUCGUAUUUAUCACCGCGGUUAUUCUUAAUUGUGAACCUGUUGAUACCACAUAACGGUUUCAACAUUAAGUCUUUCUAUCGGGGUAGAUUGUGGUCACAGCGUCACUUUGAAGCGUCUCGGGCCAGCUUAGCUUGCUAGCUGCUAACAAGGAUACGCGGAACUGAUCCGCGCUUUGCUAAGCAGAGCUCAAGUGUGAGUGCAAGUAUUGUGAUUGUGUGAAAAUGUGUAAAGUACAAAUGCUGAGAGCGUUGGUGAAUCAGCGACUAACUGCGGUUGUUGAAGAAAUAUUUGUAGUGUUGGAAAGAACGAUAGCAGAGUACGAGGAGGAACUUUCUCGAACAAAAGAGGAGAAUGAGCGACAACGCCAACUGCUGGACGCUGUUUUCAAGAAACGUCAAAUGGAGUCACACAGCGAAGACAUCAUUGAAGAAGGUAUUCCCCCUGAACAGCAGGAAUGGAGCUCCAGGGUGGAGCAGUACGAGCAACAGAUUAAAGAGGAGGAGGGUCGUCACAGCGCCAUUCAAGAGGGAGAGCAUCUUGAAGGACCGGAGGAGUUCCCAGUGAUUUGUGUCAUUGUGAAGAGUGAAGAUGAUGAAGACAAAGGUGAAAGUGAGGAGAAGAGAGAGGUGGAGCCUCCAAGCAGCAGCUCAACUCAACACAUGACAACAGAAGCUGAUGGAGACCACUGUGGAGGAUCACAAACAGGCAGCAUCUUAGCUCCACUAUCAGAUAGUGACGACACAAUGUCACACUCUCCUGACACUGAUGAUGAAGACUCUAAGGCUGAUAUGACAUGUCACACUGACAACACACGCUUUAAAUGCGCUCAGUGUAACAAAACCUUUGGUGACAAGUCAACUUUGACAAGACACAUGAGGGUUCACUCAGGAGAAAAACCAUUUAGUUGCUCAGUUUGUAGCAAAAGCUUCAAACUGAAGGACACUUUGAUCAGACACUCCAGGAUACACACUGGGGAGAAACCAUUCAGUUGCUCGGUUUGUGGGAAAGGAUUCUCUGUCAGGGGAAAUUUUAUCACCCACACAAGAACGCACACUGGAGAAAAACCAUAUGCCUGCUCAUUCUGCAACACAGGUUUCCGUGCUCGCCCGGCAUUGGUUAAACACUUGAGAACGCACACUGGGGAGAAACCUUUUAGCUGUACAGUCUGUGGCGAAAGAUUCUCUCAAAAGGAAACGUUGAAUAGACAUUUAAGAACGCACUCUGGGGAGAAACCGUUUACCUGCAUAGUAUGUGGUAAAACAUUUUCUAUAAAAGGACAAUUGAUUGCACACACAAGGACACACACAGGAGAGAAACCUUACACCUGCACAGUCUGCGGUAAAACAUUUUCUCUUAAGGGAAACUUAAUAAGACACACAAGAACGCACACUGGGGAGAAACCCUUUUCCUGCCCAAUCUGUAACAAACGUUUUAGUGAUAGCUCGGGAUUGCUUAUUCACAGGCGAACGCAUACAGGAGAGAAACCCUUUUCCUGCACAGUCUGUGGUCAACGAUUUUCUAUAAAGGGACACUUGAUAACACACACGAGAACGCACACCGGAGAGAAACCAUUUUCCUGCUUGGUGUGCAACAUGGGUUUUAGUUCUCACUCAGGACUGGCUCAACACAUGAACAAACACAACUGAAAUGAUUUUAGCUUUGACUCAGGAUAGUUGUAACCGUUUCUUACACACACACCAGUCCCUGAAAGUGCUCUUAAGUUGGGGUUUCUAACAGCAAAGGUGGGUUCAUGGACAUUAACACAGGUGUGCAUGCCUUUUGGAGAUGACCUGAUCGCUCAGAUGGUGGUGGUUGCUAUUGAACAGCCACAGCUACAUUGUAUUCUACACUGAAUCCUGAUGCAAUAAUUUCAUUGGAAGGUGGAAACUGUAUGUGGUUGUAGUCUAAAGCAACCGAGUUACUAUUCUACUUCCUUUCUGGAGUCAGCAGCCCGAAUGGACUUCGCACUAAACGCGUAGCAAGAGCAAAAAGUUUCUGUUGAGUGUGUGUGAAACUGAUAAUCAACCUGUACAAACCUCCAGUAUGUCCCUGAUAGUACUGCAUUUACUUUUGCCUUCAUGGCAUAGCGUUGUUUUAGCAUGUAGUACAUUUCCUAUUGUGUCGUCCCGCGCAGGGCAAAUGCAGCCGCAAUGCUUCACGGGUUUGAGUAAAGGCGGUCGCCUGCACUCCUUCCCGAACUGUGAAUAGUUGCAUAUGUUAUAAUAUGGAAUAUUUCAUGUUGUUGUGCUUAAAGUACAGUCUUCAUGGUUACACCGUGUCUGUUCAAAGACAUCCCUGUCAUUUGCGUUGGUUUGGGGUCUCAA